GAUGUCAUCAUUGCGGCGUCCUAUGAGGUACGGUUUCUGAUAAAACCGGUCGAUGUGACCCAGGGUUUUGCACUACUAGCCAUGCAAAUUGUAAGCACUUUUUGCAAGCAGGAAUUUAAAGUUUGAUGGUAGUUUGAUGCAGCGCUCCAGCUUGUGAAGAACAACAACCACCCAAACUGCAUACUGGUCACCACUGGAUCUGCACCAUUAAAACCCACCCUUACCUUGCAACAGGGAAGUCAGACGACAAAGGACAACAGUCCCUUGACUUCCUCACUAUAAAACAAUUAGUUGAGACAGAACAAUGCAGUGGAGAAGACGCCACUGUUGUACACGGAUAGCCAAACUCGGCUUUUUCCUCCCACUGCUGGCUCUGCUGAUCUCUCUGCUUCAUCACGUUUGGCAAAAUAUCACAGCAGGCAAUUUGGGGCUGUCCAAAGUUGAAGGACUUCAUGCAGACAAAUCAAUAGAGAACACAAUCAUUUCUAUCUGGACGUCUGUCAAAGGCAAAGAAAACAUCACCUCCCAUGGGAAGCAAAACAUCUCCUCGACUCAGAGUGGCACAGCUUUGGAGCAAUCCAAGUCAGCCAAGGCCAACCAAAGUGAGGGGGAAGACAUUCACGACGCUAUGAUCCAUGGCCUUUUCCCUUAUAUCAUCAACGAACCAGAUAAAUGUCGAGAGAGUCAAGCAGCACCAUUUCUGGUGUUCAUAAUAACCACAGAAGCUUUGCAGGUGGAAGCCAGGGAUGCAAUACGGCAGACCUGGGCGAACGAGACUUUGAUCCAAGAUGUGGGAGUCGUGCGCCUCUUUCUGCUGGGAAAACACGAGGGGGAGGUGGGAACUCACCAGCAAAGGAUGCUCCAGGAAGAGAGUCAAAAAUAUAAUGAUAUAAUACAGCAAGACUUCCUGGAUUCAUACAAAAACCUGACGCUAAAGACCUUGAUGGGUCUGCAAUGGGUGGCACGGUACUGCUCGCAGGCCAGCUAUGUCAUGAAAACGGACAGUGACAUGUUUGUCAACACGGAGAACCUCAUCCAGGAGCUGCUCAGGCCAGAGCUAAAGCCCAAAAGGAACUACUUUACAGGAAAACUUAUAAGCAAUGAUUCACCCAUUCGGGAUAAAAAGAGCAAGUUCUACGUUUCCAAAGAGGAGUACACGAAAGAGAGCUAUCCCACCUUCUGCUCUGGGACCGGUUACGUGCUCUCCGGAGACUUGGCGCUCAAAAUUUACACAACAUCUCUCAGUAUGCGUCAACUGCACUUGGAGGAUGUGCAUGUGGCACUGUGCCUGGCCAAGCUUGGAUUGAAGCCCAUCAAGCCCCCCAGUGUAUUUCUGUUCAACCACUGGCGGGUGCCCCUCAAAAGAUGCAAGUACAACCAUCUGAUAACGUCGCAUGGCUUUCAGCCCGAGGAAAUAAUUCAAUACUGGGGGAUCCAGCAGAGCAACAAGAAAAAAUGUAGAACCAUUUUUUGGGGAAACUGAUGGGAAAAUGCAGUCAUAACUCUUCUUACUUUUGUUUUACUUGGCAAUGUGAAAAAAAUAAAGCUAAUUGUGUGACCCUACACAAGACAUGACAGAAAAUCAUACUUUAAAUAAGGGAAAACAAGUGGGAUGUACUUGCCUCUAAUCCAGUUGUCAUUGUUAAAAAAGGAACAUUCAAUGCAAAAGACGAAAAACCUCAAAAUUCUGGAAAACCCAUCAAACUAUGUAUAACGCAUUUUACAAUGCAUGAUUUUGCUUCUACCCAUAUGAUCAAAACAUGAAGUAUUAUCUGUA